AUGUCUUCUCCUCGUGCCUCUUCGCCCAGCUCCCCGCCCGCUGGCGGCUCUACCGGUGUUAGCUCUGCGCGCCCCUCCUCGCCUCCUCCCCCGGGCGGUGCUCGUACCGCCAUCCGUCGCCGUGCUGCUGCCGACCAGAAGGAGAAAAUUGCCAAUGCUCGCCCCAACAGCACGCGCGCCGCUGGCGCCGGUGGCUCUAGCAGCACCAUGCUCCGUCUUUACACCGACGAGAGCCCCGGCCUCAAGGUCGACCCCGUUGUUGUCCUGGUUCUGUCGCUGGUCUUCAUCUUCAGCGUCGUCGCUCUUCACAUCAUUGCCAAGAUCACCCGCAAAUUCUCCAGCUAA